AUGGAGGUUGGCUUUGAUGGUGGAACGAUUGUGGAAACAUUUGAUAUGAAGGAUUUUGAAAAUUACCACCGGUGUGACGAGGUUGGUUCUGAGGGUGACACAUCUGCGGAGGUUGGCUUUGUGGUUGAUACAUCUGCGGAUGUCCCUUUCGAUCCAGGCAGGGGUUUGAGGCAAGGAGAUCCACUCUCCCCAUAUUUAUUCAUCCUUUGUGGUGAAGUUUUUUCUGCUUUAAUUAACAGAGCUAUGCUGACAUCUUCUUUACAUGGAGUAAAGAUCUCUAGAUCAGCACCUGUGAUAUCUCACCAUUUGUUUGCAGAUGACAGUGUUGUCUUCGCCAGAGCAACGGCAGAAGAGACUGGGUGUGUUAGAGAGAUUCUCUCAACUUAUGAGCGGGUGUCCGGUCAAGUUAUUAAUCUUGACAAGUCAACACUCACAUGUAGCCGAAACGUGACCGAUGUUUGUUUAAAUCACCUUAAAGGGUUGUUGAAUGUAAAGGCUGUUGAGUGUUUUGACAAGUAUUUGGGUCUCCCAACGAUCGUUGGAAAGUCAAAGACCCAAAUCUUCAACUUUGUCAAGGAUAGAGUAUGGAAGAAGCUCAAAGGAUGGAAGGAGAGGUCGCUCUCGCGGGCAGGUAGGGAGGUCUUGGUAAAGGCUGUGGCCCAAGCUAUUCCCUCCUAUGUCAUGUCCUGCUUCCUUCUACCUGACAGUCUAUGUUCCCAGAUUAAAGGGAUGAUUAGUCAAUUUUAUUGGGGUGGUGAUGUUACCCACCGAACAUGCCAUUGGCUCAAGUGGAAGGCUCUUUGUAGGCCAAAAAUUUGUGGCGGGCUAGGAUUCCGAGAUUUCAAGGCGUUCAACACUGCUCUAGUGGCCAAGAACUGGUGGCGUAUCAUGACCAAGCCAGAGUCAAUGUUAGCCCAAAUCUACAAGGCUGUGUAUUUUCCAAACCAAACACUCUUUGAAGCAACAAAGGGCUAUAGGCCGAGCUAUGCGUGGUCAAGCUUGUUAAAUUCAGCGUGGAUUUUUCAUGAUGGUGGUUUGUGGAGAGUUGGAAACGACACAAGCAUUCGAGCUUGGGAUGAUAAGUGGAUUCCAAAUUGUGGUCCAAUAGUGUAUCGAGAGGAUGCAGCUGCAGAAUUGGGUGUUCUACAUGUCUCUGAUUUGAUGCUGCCCAUGGGUGGGGGGUGGGAUAGGAACAAAGUGGAGUUUUUGUGCUGGCCACCUACAGCUAGAGCAAUCCUCUCCAUUCCUUUGUCUUUCCAGCCACAUAAUGAUUGCUUCUUCUGGCCUGACACAGGUGAUGGGUGCUACACUUCAAAGUCGGGGUACUCGUUUAUUAAAAAGAAGCAACUUGAGAGGGAAUCGUCGUCAUCUUCUUCGUUGGUGUUGGCCCCUGCUUUAUGGACCAAGUUAUGGAAGGCCGAUGCAGCUCCCCGGUGUAGAGAGACUGCUUGGCGUGCAUGUCUUAACCUAUUACCGGUGCGCUCGACUUUGCACCGUCGUGGAGUGGCCUUGGAGCCUUGCUGUCCACGGUGUCCUGAUAUUGCAGAAACGGUGCAACAUGCGCUGCUCUUCUGUCCGUUUGCCAAGCUUGCAUGGUUCGCGUCUCCUCUAAACCUGCGAUUUGAUGAGGAGAGCACGGUGCAUGAUUUUUUUUGCAGGUUUCUUGCGGUGGCUGAUACUACAAGUGCAGGAACUUUCAAGCUAAAUUUUGAUGCCUCGGUCAAGAACAGAAAGGAAGCAGGUGCGGGUAUGAUCGUCCGGAACAGGAAUGGUGAGUUCUUGGCAGCAGCAACGACUGAAUUAGGGCCUGUCCUAUCUGCGGUGCUGGCUGAAGCGUUGGGAAUGCGGUGGGCUCUCGGUUUGGCAGCGGAGUUAGGCUUCCGGAGGCUAUGGCUGGAGACGGAUUGUUUGGUGCUUCUCAACUACUGGAAUCGACGAGAUGGUGGCUUAUCGCAUUUAGAUACAAUUGUUCGUGAUUGUCGUUUAUUGCUUUCACAUUUUGAUGUUUUUAAUUUUACUUUUGUGCGUAGAACCGGCAACUGUGCCGCUGACGCUUUGGCCCAUUUAGCUUUUCAUUAUGGUUGUAUGGUUUGGAUUGAAGAGGCUCCCCCGGAGAUUACCUCUGUCGUCCAUAAUGAUGUCCACGCCUCUAUGACUUCUUCUUGA